UAUAAUUUUCACGUUUUGCCAAUUUCGGGGGGUGAGAAAAGUGAUAUUCUACUUCUUUACCAAAUCAAGGUCCAAAGUAAGACUUGUGAAUUCUUUUCUGCCAUGGCAGCACCAAUGAAACAGUCCCAUCAGUAUUUCCUGCAGACUUUUCUUUCGCAAGGGAUCCUAGAUGCUCGACGAGUGAAAGACCUUUAUACUGCCGUCUGCAACAUGUUUCACGAAGAAUACAACCUGAAGAAUUUGGCAGAAUUUGUCAAUGUCAUCAACACGAAUAUCAAGCAUUUUCACUUGGAGAUUAGAAAAGGGAUCAGUGAAGACAAUGGAACCAAUUAUUAUGGCCUGGUAAAUGAUGUUGAGAACUCAAUCACAAAAUGCUCGACAAAUUACACGUCCAGUGAGUUUGAAAUGAUACAGUAUUUGAUCAAGGGAGUCUUGGAAGACAGUAAAGGAACACUGUCAUCUAUGGAUGCGUUGAAUUUGACAGACAAUCUCAAGAACAAGAAAAUGACCAAACGUGAAGUGGAGGAUUUCCUUAAGAAAUUGGAGAGAGAAAACUGGAUUACUUUGGAGAUGGGAAGGAUUAGUCUUGGCACACGUCUGAUUAUGGAGAUGGAACAAUUCAUGAAGGAGCAGUUCCCGGACAUUGUGGUCUUGUGUAACAUGUGCAAGAGAAUAUGUGUCAAGGGCCAAAACUGUGACCGUUGUGAAGUGCGUCUCCACUGCCAUUGUUCCAGCCGUCUGUUCAAAGGGAAGGAGAAUCCCAAGUGUCCAGUAUGCCAUUCUGUCUGGCCACAUGAAAUUGAAAUUCGAAAAGAUGGUUCACCACAGAAGAGCCCACAAAAAGCCCCCGAACCCCAGGCAAGGAAAAGGAAGCGCUAGACCAGAUAAUAAUGGAUUUACUGGAUCUUUCUAGUCAGGCCAAAACCCUUUGAAAUCUUGAACAGCUCUGGAAUUGCAAAAGUGUGCAGUACAUGGCAUUUGGAAGUGACCUUGUUCUUGUUCCAAAUAUUUUAUUUUCUGUAGAUUGAUACUUUUGAUACUUGAAUACGUACAUGUAAACUGUUGCAACAUGAUUUAGCUGGUUGACUGUUGCCUGAUCAAAAGGCCUAUUUCACUUGUAUGAGACAGAUGUGUAAAAGAUGCACCUCAUAGGGAAACACAGCAUAAUGUUCUGGAUCUUUUUGAACAAUAUUGACAAUUGUGAAUAAAUUGUAACUUUUUAA